GAAGUCAUCAGCCGCCCGGGGAGUGAAUAGGUCUUGCACGCAAAGCAGAAAAGCGCUGAAACUGCGGAGAUUUACUUUGGUUCAGUUGCCUGCCGCCGACAGCGAGCGAGAGGAGGUGUGUGUUUGACAGCCAGAAAAACUACUAGACCUUUAAUUUACAGAUUUUUUUUCUUCAUAACUAGAGUUGGUGGUGGCUUUUAAUUUUUCUGCUUAUGAUGCUGGGAUGAAGCCGAGACCCUGAGCGCGCCUGGCACAUUAGGGUAUCCACACACACCGGGACGCACGGCGCAUCUCCGCUGAGAGAAACGGGGAGAGGGAGAGAAAGGUCAAUUUGGAGUUCUGCAUAUGGAUAUGAUAUCUUAAACUUUUUGAGAGUCAUGUUAAUCAUAAAUAAUAAUUCUAAUCAUCUUUUUGACCUAAACUAAUGAUUGGUUUUGCUCUCCUGCGCGCAUCUGAUGAGAAUCGAGCUUUUUGGCGUGUUUGUUUGUUUCUUGUUUUUUUGGAAGGCAUGUUCUUUAUCACAGCACGGAUAACGGAUCCCUGACUCAGUCUGGCUUUCAUAUGAACAUAUGAAUAUCCUAUCCAGGAUGUUACAGUCUAAGCGGCCCAGGCAUCAUUGGGCCGUACACUACCACCAUCACAUAUCACCAGCACAAAGCUGGACCCCCUGCUGUGUCUAGGAAUAACUGAUCCUCCACACUCUGCCUCCGUGUAGGGGAAGAAAACGGAAUCUUAUCCAAUAAGUGACUUGGUGAACAUUGACAUUGGCUUUACGAGUCUCAUCUCUGGGCUACUAUGCAAUUACAACUGAUCUCCUUUGUUUUGAUCAUCUUGCACUGCAUGGAUUACACUGGAUGUCAGCAGCACAGCAGCUCCAGGCACCGGCAACAUAAACAGAUCUCUGGUGUGAGCUCAGGGUGCCAGCAGGGUGGCUGUCUGACCUGCUCUGACUACAAUGGCUGCCUGUCCUGCAAGCCGCGCUUCUUCAUGCAUUUGGAGAGGAUUGGGAUGAAGCAGAUUGGAGUGUGCAUGACUUCCUGCCCUCCGGGCUUUUACGGCACACGCUCCCCAGAAAGAAACACCUGCACAAAGUGCAGGUCGGAGUGCGACUCCUGCUUCAACAAGAACUUCUGCACACGCUGCCGAGCAGGAUUCUACCUUCACCUGGGCAAGUGCCAGGAGAACUGCCCCGAGGGGCUGGUGCGCAGUGACACACAGAGGGAGUGUGUUCCUAGAUGCCCUGUGGAGUGUGAGGCAUGUGUGAACAGUGAGACAUGUACGAGGUGCCGGACAGGCCUGUACCAGCUCAGCGGGAGGUGCCACCAUAUCUGUCCAGAGGAGUACGAGCCCAAUGACAAACUCAUGGAGUGCACACUACAAGUGCACUGCGAGGUGGGUGAGUGGAGCGAGUGGAGCCCCUGCUCUCGCACCGGUAGAACCUGUGGGUUCAAGCGGGGCCAAGAGACCCGCACACGGCAAGUUCUCCAGUACUCAUCGGCCUUUGGCAAUCCCUGCCCUGAGAUCUCUGAGAUCAACGAGUGCCUGGUCAAGAGGAGGAAAUGUCCAGGUGGACGGAGGAAGAAUGAGCGAAGAGAACGGAGGAAUCGCAACAACCGGAAAGAUAAGGAGAACCCAGAGGGCCGACGGGAGAGGAAGAGAGAGAGGGAGCGAGAGAGGGAGAGAGACACAGGUGAACGUGAGGACUCUGAUAACAGAAACAAAACGGAGCACAGGCAUCGCAGAGGCCAUGACACAGAACCAGUCUCCCCUGAAGACGGCCUUGUACAGUAGUGCUCUGGACAGACAAAGUCUAGCGCCUCCCCACCCUACUCCUGUCAUCCUCCCAUUCUUCCUUCUCCAAAACUCCCCCAUCCUCACCCACUGUUCACCCCCCUCGACCCCUCUCUGCAGGGGUGUUGCUGCUACCUGUAUGAUUUGAAUAUAAUGUUUAUGCACAAGUGGGAUGGGGCACAUUCAGCCACAAGGCUCGGGCCACUAUGGACUUUAAAAAGUCUUUUUUUUUCUACCCUGUAGCCUCUACUCCUUCACUUCCACCACUGAGAGAGUGUCUCUGUUGAAAAGUGCAGGAGACACUGCUGAGACUGCUGUUGGGACUGAAGAACAAAGUGAGAAAUGUCAGUGACUGUGUGGAGGACUGGCAGACAGAUGGACAGACGGACAAAGACGUUAUAUUAUGUUCUUGUUGAUAUGGUUAUUUAAUGGGGCCCUGGUACAACAUUGAGCGUCUUGGUUUUUGAAUGUAGAUUUUGCAACAUUAUGUAGAACAAUUGUUUAUUAUUGUUGUUCCUGUUCUUUAGAUCUCUUUACUUUAUUUGGUGCAGAAUUUGUAAAGAAAAAAAUAAAAAUGAGUUUGCUAUUGCCAUCUUCAUAAUCACUACAAAUGUCAGAUGUGGGAGAACCUGCAUGCUGUGAAUCAUAGUACAGUUAAAAACCUAAAAAAAAAAACAUUAACAUGUGUUCUGUAUGUCUUGGACAAAAAGCUAGUUUUAUCCAGUGAUAAAUCUAAUCUACCAUUGUUUUUUUCUUUUUGUGUAAAAGGAAUCUGUGCUCUCAGUAAAGCUCCUUGACUAGGAACCAAAAGCACCUGUAUGUCAAAUAAAACUAUAAUGGGUUUGUACCUG